CCUCUGUCCUAUAGUUACAGUGUGGUGGUGGAGGGGGAGAGAGGACAUAGACCUCAUAUCUACUGUCUGGAGCAACUCCUGCAGGAGGCUAUUGUGGAUGUGAUGCCUCCGUCAGUGUGGUAUCUUCCGGAAGGUUGUCGUAUCGCUGCCUACUGGAGUCAACAGUACCACUGUCUCUACCCUGGCACCGUAGUCAACGGAAGUUCAGACGGGGAUGACAGUGAUGACCUCAUCACGGUGGAGUUUGACGACGGUGACACGGGUCGCAUCCCCCUCUCCCACAUCAGACUGCUGCCCCCUGACUACAAGAUACAGUGUGCUGAGCCCUCCCCCGCGCUGCUAGUGGCCAGCUGCUCCAGGAGGCGUGUCAGGAAGAGCAGCAAGGCCACCAGUGAGACGAGGCCUAAAGCAGAGGACUCCGCCCCCAAGGGCAGAGGGAGACCGGCCAAGAAACCCAAACCCAAACCUGAGCCCCCAGUGAGCCCAGACCCCCGGGAGAAGACGACCCCCCCGGGACCCAGCCAGGCUCCAGACAGACCCCAGCUCCCCACCAGACCAUCCCAGGACAGGCCCUCCUCCUCCUCCCAGAGACCUCCUCAGGAAAGACCCCUGUCUGCCCCCAGGCCGGGACCAGGCCGACCCUCCAAGCCCACCAGCACCCCCAGCCUGCCUGCCCCCCCACCCAGCCAGAACCCCAGGAGACCCAGCUCAGUCCAGGCCUCUCCCAAAACCCCCCUGCCCCUCUCCCUCUACCACCCAGCCCCUUACGGGAAGAUACUAAGGGUGGACCUGUACAGUCAACCGAACCUCACGUCUUGUAACGUCAGCACCCAACCUAACCCUAAAACCAACCCUAAGUCCAACCCUACUAACCCUACCGUCAGACCCAACCCUCUUCUACCUAACCCUAAACCCAACCUUACCCCCGCACCAAAAUCCAAACCCAGACCUAACCCUGCAUCACCUAGCCCUGGACCCAGUCCCACAGCGGAACUCCCCAGACCUAGGCCUAACUUUAACCCUGACCACAACAAAUCCAGAACCACUCCCAAAUCCAUCUCUAGACCCAAACAGAACCAUAACACACCCAGACCCACCCCAAAUCUUUCUACCAAACCUAGACCCAGCCCCGGGCCCAGUUCUAGCACCUCCAAACCUAGACCCAGCCCCGGGCCCAGCUCGAGCGUCUCCAAACUUAGACCCAGCCCCGGGCCCAGUUCUAGCACCUCCAAACCUAGACCCAGCCCCGGGCCCAGUUCGAGCGUCUCCAAACUUAGACCCAGCUCGAGCAUCUCCAAACUUAGACCCAGCUCGGACAAAUCUUCUGCCGGAUCCAGACCCGACCCUAGUACCUCUGUUCCUGGUAUCUCCAGACCCAGGCAUGUCCCGGGGGAGGGCCGUGGGAGACGGGGGCGUAAGGCCCUCCCCGAGGAACCCCUAGUGAAGCUGGACCACGAGGGCGUGACCUCACCCAAGACCAAGAAGACCAAGGCUCUGAUGCUGCUAGAGGGGAGGGGCUUACGGCGAGAACACGCCCCCCUCGCCACGGCCGCGGUCAACCAGAGGCCGGCGAGGGUAAAGGGGAGGGAUCCAGAGGGCGAGGCGGGGCUGCCGGGGAGAGAGAGAGACGGGGGUGGGGAGGGAGGCAGAGAACCGAAGAGAGAGGAGAGACGGAAGAGAGGGGAGGAGAGAGGGGAGGAGAGGGAGAAGAGAGGGGAGGAGGAGGAGGCUGGAAAGAAGAGAGGGGGGUCUCACGGCAGCAGUAGUUCAGGGUCUGAGGAGGAGGAGGAGGAGACAGGGAAGAAAACGAUGAAGAAGUGUAGCUCCAACUGCUCCCACCCCUCCUCCCCAGCCUCCUCCUCCUCCUCCUCGUCCUCCUCUAGCACCUCCUCCUCCUCCUCCUCCUCCUCUUCCUCUUCCACUGACGAGGAGUCCUCUUGUAGUUCUGACGAGGAAACCGUACCCCCUCCCCCUCCCCCUCCACCUCUCCCUGCAUCCCCCCCUCCAACUACCCCACAGGAGGAGGAAGAGGUGGAGGAAGAGGAGGAAGAAAUGAAGAAGCUGAAAAAGGCGGAGGAGGAAGAAGAAGAAGUAUUAGAAGAGGAUCGAUCUCCCUCCUCUCCUCCCCCGUCUACCUCCCCGUCUUCCAAGCCAGCCAGGCCCCGGGGGCGUCCAGCCCGGCAGAAGUCCCAGGAAGGCGUGGGGUCGGUGGGCAGGCCGCGGCGCAGGGAGGGGGUUCACCUCCCCACCACCAAGGAGCUGGCGAAGAGACAGCGAUUACCCAGCGUAGAGAACAGACCCAAGAUCUCUGCCUUCCUGCCUGCCAGACAGCUCUGGAAGUGGUUUGGCAAACCCACACAGAGGCGUGGUAUGAAGGGGAAAGCUAAGAAGUUGUUCUACAAGGCCAUUGUGCGGGGGAGAGAGAUGAUUGGUAUCGGGGACUGUGCCGUGUUCCUUUCAGCCGGCCGACCCAACCUGCCCUUCAUAGGGAAGAUCCAGAGCAUGUGGGAGAGCUGGGGAUCCAACAUGGUGGUCAGAGUUAACUGGUUUUAUCACCCAGAGGAGACCAACCCUGGCAAGAAACUACACGACAAGAAGAACUGGAGUCAGAUGUCUGGUCAGUCUCUUCCUUCAGCUCUGCUCUCCUCCAACCAGAGGAAAGACUUCAUGGAGCGGGCUCUGUACCAGUCGUCCCACAGUGAUGAGAACGAUGUCCAGACGGUCAGUCACAAGUGCCUGGUGGUCAGCGUGUCAGAGUACGAGACCAUGACUCUCACACGUCGCUAUGCCGACAGCCAAGACCUGUACUACCUGGCGGGGACAUAUGACCCUACCACUGGCAUGAUCUAUAACACGGAUGGAGUCCCCGUCAUCUGAUCAACACGCUAACGACAUGUUUAACUACACACUUUAAUACACACACCCUGACCUUGACCCAACCAACCCCAAGGUUGAUCCAACCAACUCUAACGUUGAUCCAACCAACUCUAACAUUGAUCCAACCCAACUCUAACAUUGAUCCAACCAACUCUAACAUUGAUCCAACCAACCCCAAGGUUGAUCCAACCAACUCUAACAUUGAUCCAACCAACUCUAACAUUGAUCCAACCAACUCUAACAUUGAUCCAACCAACUCUAACAUUGAUCCAACGAAACAAGACCCACCUGAGAGAGAGAGAGACUACAGAAAGUCUUCAAACACAAGGCUCCUCUCCACAAACACACAAACACACACAGGCACACACCCAGACGUCUACCUGUAAAUACAUACAAUACUUC